AUGUUUUCUCCCGUGACAGAGGCCGAGACGCGCCAGAAACUGCUGCGCAAUGUGAAAAAGGAGGUGAAACAAAUUAUGGAGGAGGCAGUAACGAGGAAGUUUGUGCACGCAGACAGCAGCCACAUUAUAUCCUUCUGUGCUGUGGUGGAGGCCUGUGUGCUUCAUGGCCUGAAACGGCGUAUUGCAGGCCUGCUGUGCAGUAAUAAGGUUGCUGCACUCUUUAUGAAGGUGGCAAAAAGCUUUACGCCUGCUGAGGAGCUCUGCCACAAGGUCCAGGAGCUGGAACAGCUUAUCGAAAACAGCAAGCAGAACAAUUCCUCGCUGAGCAAUGACCGCAGUCGGCAGUCCAAGUUGGCCAACCUUCCUCCGCAGGCACUGAAACACUUGUGGAUCCGAACUGCUCUGAUGGAGAAGCUGCUGGACAAGAUCGUCCUGUACCUGGUAGAAAACAGCAGUGCGUUCUAUGAGAAAGAAGCCAUGCUGAUGGAUCCUGUGGAUGGACCAAUUCUUGCAUCUCUACUGGUCGGCCCCUGUGCUCUGGAGUACACCAAAGUUAAGACCGCAGACCAUUUCUGGACGGAUCCGUCUGCCGAUGAGCUGGUGCAGCGGCAUCGUAUCCACAGUGGCCACUGUCGGCAGGACUCUCCCUCUAGAAGGCCUGCUCUGAUCCAGAAGAGGCAGUCCAGCGGCAGCAUGGAUGAUCGCCCUCUCAUGUGGGUGAGAGAUUAUGUUGAAUCACUCCACCAGAACUCCAGAGCCACGCUGCUGUUUGGAAAGAACAACGUCCUGGUGCAGCCGAGAGACGACAUGGAGGCCAUCCCGGGCUACCUUUCUCUGCAUCAGACUGCAGAUCUGAUGACUCUAAAAUGGACGCCCAAUCAGCUGAUGAACGGCAACGUCGGGGAGCUGGACUCUGAAAAAAGUGUUUACUGGGAUUAUGCGAUGACGAUUCGCUUGGAGGAGAUCGUGUAUCUUCACUGUCAUCAGCAAGUGAACAGCGGUGGGACAGUAGUUUUGGUGAGCCAGGAUGGGAUCCAAAGACCUCCUUUGCAUUUCCCCAAAGGAGGUCACCUGCUGCAGUUUCUCACCUGCCUGGAGACCGGCCUGCUGCCUCACGGACAGCUGGACCCUCCACUGUGGAAUCAGAGAGGAAAGGGAAAAGUGUUCCCCAAACUGCGAAAGCGGAGUCCACACGGCUCGUGCGAUUCCGUAUCAGAUAAGGAAGAUGAUGAAGCGACCGAUUAUGUGUUUCGGAUCCUCUUUCCUGGCAAUCAGAUGGAGUUCAUGGCCCUGGAGCUGAUGGAUCAGGGUGUCAACAUGUGGCAACCGACCCCCAGAAAGUCCUCCUGCUCCUCCUGCUCACAGAAUGGCUCGUCUGACGGCUCUCUGCCUAAUGGCUGCAAUCAGGAGAGGGCUCCGUUGAAGCUGCUUUGCGACACCAUGAAAUACCAGAUCAUCUCCCGUGCGUUCUAUGGAUGGCUUGCGUACUGCCGUCAUCUGUCCACAGUCCGUACACACCUCUCCGCAUUGGUCAACACCACUAUAGUUGACCCCGAUGCACCAGGCGAUGCCCGAGGAGGCCUCUCUGUUGAGGUCUGGGGUAGUUUCCUCAAGGACAGCUCUGCCUAUGAGGAAAAGGAGAUACACAGGCUUGUGUAUUUUGGUGGUGUAGCUCCGUCACUACGCAAAGAAGUCUGGCCCUUCCUGUUGGGACAUUACCAGUUCACCAUGACGGAGAAGUGCCGGCUGGAGAUCGACGAGCAGGUGCGGACCAUGUACGAGCAGACCAUGAAGGAGUGGCAGGGUUGCGAGGCCAUUGUCCGACAGAGGGAGAGAGAGAAACACGCUGAGGCCCUCGCCAGAUGUUCAUCCGGGGCCAGUGUGGAGAGAGGACCAGUGCAGCGGGACUCCACCAUCAGUACAGAUUCGUCUCUAAGUAGCAGCUCAGAUCAACAGAAUGCGACCUCACAGAGUGAUUCCAGCUGCAGCGCACAGGUGUUUGAGUCUGUUGAAGCAUCGGAUCAGCCUGAGUCAGAGUCCAGAGCUGAACAGGGAGAGACACAGCACAGCGAUCCGGUGAAGCCCAUCCCCAGUGAGACCACAGACAGUCAGCAACUUCCCACCUGCAACUCCUCCUCCUCCUCCCCAGAUCCAUCAAAUCAACGUCCAGGUACAGACAACAGCCCGCCUGUGACUGAAUCAGCUGUUGGAUCUACGACUGCUCUGCAGACAGCAGAAACAUCAGAAGUCUUGAGUGAGGAAACUACAGCAGCAUCACAGCCAGUAAAGGAUCAGCUCACAACAUGUGAGUCAGGAGGGGAGGAUGUGAAGGCUGCAGAAGACAAGCCUGAGCCGCAAAAGACGGAGACGGUUUCAGAAAGUGGGGAGACCGAAGAGCCUGGGAUCAGUACGUCAAAAGAGGAAUCUGAAGCUGAGCAAAAGGCUGAGGUAGAAGAAGAAGAUGCAUUAACGAAUGAGGUUUUAACAGCAGUAGACACAAACAUGAAUGUGAAAUCUGCUCCUGAGAAGACCAACGUUCUAACGCUAGAAACAGAGAUUCACAACGAGUAUUUCCAGGCUCCUCCGCUCGGCCAGACAUUGACUCUUCAGCCACACCAGAGCAAAGAUCUGGAAGUGGAGCCAUCUUGUCCACCAACAGCAGAAAAAGAUAGUAAUUCACCAAGUGAGAUUUCUAAACCUCCUGAAGCAGUGUCUGAAAAAAUCCCACCGAUCAAGGCCGGCACCGCGGAGCCAGAAACAAAGGACGUCGAGGCAACCGUUUGUGACUUUGCUGAAACCAAAAAAGCUGCAGAGAUUCCAUUUGAGAAACCUGGUUCGAAUUCUCCAGUCAGACAGGUACUGAACGCUCUUCAGUCAGCGUCAAGAGGGAGCCUUUCAUUAUCGUCUCGGCAGUCUCCCGACACAGCGGAUUCAGACGACUCUCCUUCUGCCUUGGAAAUGGAGGACAUUCCUGCAGGGAUAACGUGCGUGAACUCGGAGGAUAUUAAGGCCAGGCCUCUGGUAGGCCUCGCCGCACCUCCUGCCUGCCUGGCGCGAAGAGAGAAGAUGGCUUCUGAGGAGCUUGUCCUAGAACACCAUCUGGACACAGCUUGUAACACCAGUCCUGAGGGCACAGAUCUGGGCCUUUCUGAGGAGGAGCCUGAGAUGGAGAAUGUGCUCACUGAGCCGGAGUCUGCAGACGCCGGAGGAGACGCCAAAUAUGACGAAUCUUCAGGGGAGCAAACCUAUUCUCAAGAAACACUGGACAUGUACUUGAUCAACUUGCACCGCAUCGACAAAGACGUCAGACGCUGUGAUAGGACGUAUUGGUACUUCACUCCUGACAACCUGGAGAAACUACGCAACAUCAUGUGCAGUUACGUGUGGCAGCAUCUGGACACGGGUUACGUCCAGGGCAUGUGCGACCUGCUGGCCCCCCUGCUGGUUAUUCUGGACGAUGAGGUUAUGGCAUUUAGCUGCUUCACUGAGCUGAUGAAGAGGAUGAACCAGAAUUUUCCUCACGGGGGUGCCAUGGACUCUCACUUUGCCAAUAUGCGUUCUCUUAUUCAGAUUCUGGACUCUGAGCUGUUUGAACUGAUGCAGCAGAAUGGAGACUACACCCACUUCUACUUCUGCUAUCGCUGGUUUCUUCUCGACUUCAAAAGAGAAAUGGUGUACGAUGAUGUGUUCUCCGUGUGGGAAACCAUCUGGGCAGCCAAGCACACCUCCUCCGAGCACUUUGUGCUCUUCAUCGCCCUGGCGCUCGUGGAGAUGUAUCGAGACAUCAUCUUGGAAAAUAACAUGGACUUCACCGACAUCAUCAAGUUCUUCAACGAAAUGGCGGAGCGACACAAUGUCCCGCAGGUCCUGAUGAUGGCGCGAGACCUGGUCCACAAAGUGCAGACGCUCAUAGAAAACAAGUGACGCGGAACGACGCCACGGCCGAACUCCCACGACCCUCUGCUCGAAAUUGUUCUAAAGAUACUGACACAACCACACAAUAGUCACAUAUUCAAGAAGGGAAGCAAUCGAUGUUGAUGAAAAGCGGUGAUUGGCGACUGCUGAACACGUAACUGGUCAUUAAAGCUGCUCUUACUCUAAGAUAGUUGUGCAACAACUUCUCUCCAGUCGCUCCUCUCUAUAUUCAGGAGAUGCAAUUAUUGCCAGUAAAUUCAUGUAUUUUUCAAGUGUUAUUGUUCACCUAGUGAAUGUACCCUUGUUGAAACCGCUUCAGGAUGUUGUUUGUUUUGCCUUAAAUUUAGCUAUUUUUUCAGGGAUACAGCAACCAAAUUGAUAUUCUACAAUCUUCUUUAAGUUCCACAUCUUGUGAUACACUUGAAUAUAUUUUCAUGAUUAUUUAGCUGAAAUUGUAGCUGCCAUGGUUAAACAUUUUGUGACACACUUGAACAUAUUUUCAGUAUCUGGCGUCAUUAUUAGAUGAUUUGAUUUUUUGUAAACAUUAGAGGUACUGCCGACCAGUUCGGGGUCGGUUGGUGCUCGGUUGUGUCCAAGUAGCGUGUGUGUGUGUGUGAGUGUGUGUGUGUGUGUGUGUGUGUGGUCUCUGGCUUGCCUCUCAGUAGCCAUUUGGAGGACCACUCGUUGGCCUUUUUUUUAAACAUUUGAUGGCUCUCUUCACGUGUUUGAUGCACACAAGCUUGCAGGAUAUGCAAACCUGAAAUCCGUGCAGCCCAGCAUGAUUGCACAUAGUAUGCAUUUACAGUAUCACCGUUUCCUCCGACCGAGUUCUCAUACUGUGUGCUCCCUCUACGUCUGACCUCCUCUAUGCAUCAAUCCGACCAGCUUGAGUUCGACUCCUUGUGCUCGCUUUUGUUUCAGUGCAACUAACGCUUCUCUGGAAUUGUUUAAACGGUUAAACGCAGGCAUUCGGCGCAGUCUUAAACUGCACGAUGCUGCUCAGGCUGAACGCUUCAGCUGCUGGUUUUCAUAAAAGAUUCUGCUUCCACGCAGCAUCGUGAGAGCUCUUCAGAUGGGCAGUUUGGUGUGAAACGGAUGUGCAGCGAUGGCAGCGUGCUUCCUUCACACGUUGCACUUCCACCUUUUCACUUUCGCCUCAAGAUGAGUUGAACAGAUUUCUGUCUGCUGAUCUUGGCUGCCGUGUCUUAAACGCACCAUCAGUUGUUUGAGUACCAUUUCAGUGGCAUUCGUCGUCACUAUUACCUCAAGAUCCCUGCGUUCAUACCUGCUGGAAACCAGCUUUGAGCGCUCACCACCACAUCCACAGGCCCACUUUGGAUAUUUCUCAAUUCAUUUCUUUAAUUACAUUUUUCCCGCUCGGUUUUAUCUGGUGAGGCUUCACUUAUGGCAUAGUGAGCACAUGAACUCCCCGCUCGACGGUGCUGCUCAGACAGCUCUAACUUCAGCGACUAAAGAAGAUGAGAUCUUGCUUAAGAGUAAAAAUCAGACGAUCAACUUCGUGGUUAGUUGGUGGUAUGCAGCCAUGUAGAUGUUGGUUUUUUGAAGUGUAGGUUUUGACAUCAACGAACUUUCUGCUGCUAAUCCAAUCCAGUGAAGGAGGUUCAGCCUUAAAUCGAUGAAACAUGAUUUACAUUUAACUGCAGCAUGUCUUUCCAGGAGAAAAAUGUCCUGGAGGCUGGUUGACAAUGAUUCAAAUUAAAUCCUUUGGUUUCCCAUGAUUCUGAUCAGCAACAGUUGACAGAUGGAUAUAUCAAAAUCACAGCAGACAAACCAUUCUACAUCGCUAAAUACCAAUAACGGCGAAGUCAGAAAAUGUUUUAUCGGUGCCACUUACAGCUCCAAAACAGCCAAAACGCACCCAUGUUUGGUUCACUGUGGCUUGAAUUCCAGUGUUUGGCUAUCACUGCUAACGUGUCUCCAUAUGAUCUUCUAAAAACAUGCCUGAGUAUUGCUGUUUGUGUAUUGCUGUUUGUUGUCAGAAGAUUUACAGUAAACAAUGUGUUCAAAAAGAAACUGACUUAUUGUACAAAAAAAAAAAAAGAAAAAGAAUCUAAGCUAGUACAUAUUUAUUAAAUGCAAUACGAUGUCUGUAUAUGGGCUUAGUCUGAUUAUAAUGAAAAGAAAGUGAAAAGUAUGCCACUGGAAAUAAAUAUAUUUUUAUUUUUGUUCUGUCUUCUAAAAUGGUCACUGAGUAUAAUUAAUUUAUUGUGUAUUAAAAAUCUUAUAUUUUGCA